AUGGCGAAGUGCUGGAGUGUCACAACUUUUGCGGCACUGGCUCUGCUAUGCUGCUUAGCUGGGAAAAAAGUAGUGGCUCAAGUAGGGAUGAGUAAGGGUCAGGAUCCUCAAGUACCAUGGUUGCCUCAACCCCAGGCACCGUCAAAGCCGCAGUAUCCUCAACCCCAGGCACCGUCGAAGCCGCAGUAUCCUCAACCCCAGGCACCGUCGAAUCCGCAGUAUCCUCAACCCCAGGCACCGUCGAAGCCGCAGUAUCCUCAACCCCAGGCACCGUCGAAGCCGCAGUAUCCUCAACCCCAGGCACCAUCGAAUCCGCAGUAUCCUCAACCCCAGGCACCAUCGAAUCCGCAGUAUCCUCAACCCCAGGCACCGUCACGGCCCCAGUACCCUCGGCCUCAAGUACCAUCAAGGCCUCAGGACCCUGCAUAUGUCUCAGUGCCAAAGUCAUUGUCUCACGACUAUGCUAAGCCUCAGUACCCGUCUGGGCCUCAGUACCCGUCUGGGCCUCAGUACCCAUCUGGGCCUCAGUACCCGUCUGGGCCUCAGCAGCCAGCCAGGCCUCAGUACCCAUCCGCGCCUCAGCAGCCAUCCGGGCCUCAGUACCCAUCCGCGCCUCAGCAGCCAGCCAGGCCUCAGUACCCAUCCGCGCCUCAGCAGCCAUCUGGGCCUCAGUACCCAUCUGCGCCUCAGCAGCCAUCCGGGCCUCAGUACCCAUCCUACCCAUCUACUCCUCAGCAGCCAUCCAAGCCUCAGUACCCAUCUGCUCCUCAGCAGCCAUCCAAACCUCAGUACCCAUCUGCUCCUCAGCAGCCAUCCAAACCUCAGUACCCAUCUGUGCCUCAGCAGCCCUCCAAGCCUCAGUAUCCAUCUACUCCUCAGCAGCCAUCCAAUCCUCAGUACCCAUCUGCGCCUCAGAAGCCCUCCAGGCCUCAAACCCCCUCAAAUCCUCACCCCCAGAACCCUCAGAUGCACUUAACUGCAGCACCUCGUAUGGAUAUUUGUGAUGUGGAUAGAACUGUGAGGGUCCCAUGUGGAGUUCCUGGUAUUUCUGCUGAAGCUUGUGGCGCCAUUGACUGUUGCUUUGAUGGCCAACAGUGCUUCUUUGGAAGAACAGUGACACUCCAGUGCACCAAGGAUGCCCAUUUCAUUGUUGUAGUGGCCAGGGAUGUCACUCUACCCAACCUUGCCCUUGACUCAAUCUCACUGUUGGGAGAUGGGCAUGGCUGUGCACAUGUUGACUCUAAUUCAGCAUUUGCCAUCUUCCACUUUCCUGUAACUUCCUGUGGCUCUGCUGUCUUGGAGGAGCCUGGUGUAAUAAUGUAUGAGAACCGGAUGACCUCUUCAUAUGAAGUGGGAGUUGGGCCUCUGGGUGCUAUUACCAGGGACAGUCACUAUGAGUUGCUCUUCCAGUGUAGGUAUAUUGGCACUUCUGUUGAAACUCUGCUUGUAGAAGUGUUGCCACUGGACAAUCCACCCCUGCCAGUUGCUGAUUUUGGACCCAUCCAUGUCCACAUGAGGUUGGGCAGUGGAGAAUGCAUGACAAAGGGUUGCAAUGAAGUGGAUGCGGCCUACACCUCUUACUAUAUGGACUCAGAAUAUCCUGUCACCAAAGUACUAAGAGAUCCUGUGUUCGUUGAGGUUCUGCUCCUUGACAAGACAGAUCCAUCACUUGUUCUGACUCUUGACCGCUGUUGGGCAACCACAAGUCCUAACGCCCACAGUCUGCCACAGUGGGACAUUCUGAUAGACGGAUGUCCAUACCAGGAUGAUCGUUACUUGUCUGCGCUGGUUCCAGUGGAUUCCUCUUCUGGUCUGGAAUUCCCAAGUCACUACAGUCGUUUCCUCUUCAAAAUGUUCACUUUCGUGGACUCCCAUUCAAUGGAACCCCUGAGGGAACAAAUCUUCAUCCACUGUAGUACAGCUGUUUGCGUCCCUGGUCAGGGUGUCAACUGUGAACCAUCAUGCUUCAGAAAAAAUAAGAGAGAUACAGAAGCUGUAAAGCAGAUGGUGGUUGAACCCAAGGUCGUGGUUUCCUCCAAAGAAGUGACCAUGACUGCUGCUAAGGAGUAAAUGGACA